UCUUCUCUGUAUUCUUUGUAGGAGGAGAAACUAUACGAGGGAUUAUAAACAUGACUGGUGCACAUGUAGAAUUAAACAGAACUAUUCCUGAAAGCUCUCCAACAAAGAGCUUUAUAAUCCGAGGUACGGAGCAGCAGAUACAACAUGCCCAACAAAUGAUCAGGGAGAAAAUAGAAAGUGAACGAGGUGGGGGAGGAAAUUACAAUCAAGGACAAAACUGGAACCAGCCUGGCUGGAACCAACAACAGCAGCAACCACAUCAGCAGCAACAGCAGGGCUGGUCACAGUAUGGUCAGUAUGGGCAACAACAGCAAUAUGGACAGCAACCUCAACAACAACCAGGGCAGCCGUAUGGCCAACAGCAGCAGCAGUAUGGUCAGCAACCACCGCAGCAACAAGGCCAACAGCAAGGCCAGCAACCUGGUCAGGCUCAAGGCCAGGCAGAUUAUUCUGCAGCAUGGGCAGCAUACUAUCAACAACUCUACCAACAACAGGCAGUAAUGGCAGCAGGACAAGCACCAGGUCAACCAGCAGGACAGGGGGGGCAGCCUGAUUACACACAAGCAUGGGCAGAGUUCUACAGACAGCAAGGUUACUACUACCCCUACCAACAAGCUGGACAGCCUCAGCAACCAGGAGUACCUGGACAACAGCCACAGCAGCAGCAACAACAACCACCACAGCAAGGACCCUCUGGGGGACAGCCAGGGGGACCUCCACCUGGACCCCCUGGGGGACAACAGGGCCAGUAGCAGGAACAUAAGUUGUAAAGGAAGAGAGGUAGAGGUGUCUUCAAGAAAGCUGUUUUUGCAAGGAAGAUCUCUUUUUUUUACAAAGGAUUUUGGUGUUCUACUCUUAGCAUUGAUUUCCUAUUAGCCUAUCUUAUAGACAUUUUGAUUUUUAAUAUGAUUUGCAUUUGUAGUCAGCUAUCAAAUAUGCUCUGAGUUUGUAAACAUGUAUGAAUUUACAGGAUAGGACACGAAGUAAACCAAAUGGGCGUGGUAUUAAAGGAUACAUUUUAUUUCUUGUG